AUGGUUCAAGAUGAAAAGCAGCUGGGAGCCUGGUUUAAUCAACUAUUUCCACUGGUUCAAACAAGGGAUUCAUGUAACCCUGACAUGGCGGUAGAGUCUUCUUCAUCACUGCAGUUGUCGAACGGGGAGCCAGUGAAAAAAGCAUCAGAUAACAGAACCCGCACUGAUGAGCAAUCAAGUGACGGUUUUGACCAAGGUGACGACUCUGACAAGAAACAAUUUGUGCCUAUAAGGAAGGGUAGAAGAAAGAAGGUCAAAUCUCAGAACUAUUCUAGUGCUUUGUCCACUGCUGUGGAGCUUUUUGAAAAAGUGAUUAAUAAUGAACCAACAACACAGCUGAUGCAUUUUUUCAAAGAGGAAAAUCAGCGAGCAUGA